CACCCGCCGAGGGUCUGUCAACGGAAGAAUCAAUCAAAACAAACAUUGUUAUUUUUAGUGUCGGUGCUUCGCGGGGAGGCGCUAUUCGCUAACCAGCGGACGGCGCGCUACGACGCCGGCAGUGGGCAGUUUCGCUGCUCUUCUAAACAAGUUACUCGAGGCACGAGCCAUGUUUUCGCCCUCUGAUUUGGUGAAGCGUGUGGGCGUGGGCGGCGGGCUGGUGCCGUUCUUCAAGUGCGUGUGCGUGUACUUCUUGGCGGCGAGCGGAGCGCCCAGCGCCGGCGCCGCGGCCGCCAAGUGCGCGCCCGUGCUGUGCCUGCUCGCCGCCGUGCUGCUGCUACAACCGCGGCCCCCGCAGGCCGCCGACCCUGACCCCGACCAUGACAAGGAGAGACGGCGUUACGCGCGGCUCAUCGCCCUCGGGCUGGCGCUCUCGGCCCUGGGCGACGCCCUGCUGGUGUGGGAGCAGCACUUCGCCGCCGGCAUGGCGGCCUUCGCUCUCGCGCACGUGGCCUACAUGUGCGCCUUCCGCGCGCGCGCGCCCAGGCGGCGCGCCGGGCUGCUGCUGUACGGCGGCGCGGCGGCGUACUGCGCCGCGGUGACGCCGCCGCCGGCGCUGGCCGUGCCCGUGCCGCUGUACGCGAUACUGCUGGUGAGCAUGGCUUGGAGAGCGCUGCGGACGCUGCCCGAGAGCACGUGUGCGCGGUCGUACGCGGCGCCCGCUGGCGCGUUACUGUUUGUCCUGUCUGACGCGUUGCUCGGUUACUCUCUGUUCCGCGGCCCGCUGCCGCACCGGCGGGUGCUGGUGAUGUCGACGUACUACCUGGGGCAGCUGGGGCUGGCUCUGAGCGCGCUGCUGCCGCCCCCGCCCCCCCUCCCGCUCUCCGCACAAUAAACUUCUCUUCCGCGUAUGUUAUGGAGCGUUGGUCCUAAUAUCAGUAGCCUGGUUAUUUUUAAAGCUUUCAUAGAAGUCAGCCAUCUUCCGAUCCUACUUUGAGACAUUUUAUCAGAUAAUCCCUAAAGCCUGCAAUAAGACCGCCUGUGUUAUCUGCCUCUAUAUUAUGUAAUAAUCAAUUGAUUUUAUUCUAAAACUGUGCAAUCAAGAGUUCCAUCUAUCACAGGGGGAUAAGCUCUGUAUGCAACAUUUAGCUUGGUAUGUACCACAGAAGCCUUAUAUUCAUUACAAAAUACGGACGGAAUUAAUAUAGCAAAAAAUAACCAAUCUACUGAGAGGCCAUGGUGUGGGUAGAUGUAAGCGUCCGUCGACGGGACGGCGACCGGUCUGUGAUAUGUGCUCGGCUCUUAUUGGAUGUUUUAAUCCUCUUUACCUUUAAUAUAUUUUGUAUUUAAGUCUAACAACAUUUAACAAGGUCAUCGUGGACCUUAUGCCAUGGCAAUAAGGUUUACAAAGUGUCAGUUACCAAUAUGGAGGACGAUGGAAAUAAAGUCCGUCUAAGCUAACGGUGUCAUUAUAAACGUCAUAAGUUUAUGAAACUGAAAUGGACAUUCACUCCUAGCUAGUGCCAGUUCUCAAGGCGGUGGAUUUUAGCAUAUUUCAGGUAGCUGAAAUGUCAAAUUUCAUAUAUAGAUGUCGAGUUUAAAAAAUUGUCUAAUAGUUACCUACUUAUUUUUUGAAAUGUGUGGGCACCUUGUAAGCCUUUGUAUGCAUUUGAUUACAUUUGAUUACAAUUAGAUGUUAGCCACACUAUUCGAAAGCACAAUAUGCGAAAGGGAAUUCCUUUAGAAAUUAUUAAGUUUAUGAAACAUAGGAAAAAUGGAUAUUCACUCCUAGUGCCAGCUGAAAUCUCAAGGCGGUGGAUUUUAGCAUUUUUCAGGUAGCUCUGUUAAGUAAAAAAGUAAUAAGUGUUGUUAACUAUGUUCCGUCGUGAAAGUAGUGAUCUGUUGAGUGUUGGACCUGGGCGCAUAAUGAACGAGCUCGCCACGAGCGUUGUUCCCAAUCUUUGUGUAGGAAUGUACCUAGACUCUGUAGUCUGUAAGUUGCGAAACUUUACAAAAAUUUGGAUAAUUCUUUUGUAAAACUUCAUAAGAAUUAAGGUCAAUGUGGAGAAGACCGCCAUAGUUUCUGUUGGUAAUAGGGCAAGAACGUAGGAAGUCGCUCAGGCUCAGUCUAAACAGUCUUUCCAUAAGUGGAGUGCGUGUACAAACGCAACAGUUAGAAGCGAUAACAAAGAAAUAAAUAACUUGCAUACGGUCUUAUCUUAUACCCCAAAUUGACCUUAAGGAAAUGUCAAAAUUUACCGGGAGCUUAGGGUUCCCCCAAAUAUGUCAACGCGGAAUCGGCAAAAUCCGAUGGAAAAAAGCUUUAUGUCUGCGCAAUAAGAGCGAAAAAGUCGUCGUUCAGC